AUGUCUCGUUUUUUCGCAGCCAAUUACGAAUAUGACAGUGGUAGUUCUUCGUCUGAGGAGGACCUGAUGUCUUCAUCUGAGGAGUCUUUAAACUCUUCUUUGAGUGAAGAGGAAGAGGUGUCUGAUGACUCUUUCUUUAACGAUUCUGAAUCUGAAUCUGAUAUUGAUUCCGAUGAUUCCGAUGGCAGACCAUAUGGUCCCGAUUGGUUUAAGAAAUCAGAGUUUAGGAAAGGAGGUACUAAUAAAUUUUUGAAAGGUGCUUCUUAUUCGGAUUCUGAAUCAGAGGAUGAAGGUAAGAAAGUUGUUAAAUCUGCCAAGGAGAAAUUGUUGGAUGAAAUGCAAGCUGUUUAUUCUAGUGUUGAAAAUGCUGGAAUGACCCAGGAUUGGGUUACCAUUUUAAGUGAAUUUGAUAACAUUUCCCGUUUGUUAAUAAGGGCUCAACAGCAGAACUAUGGUAUACCAAACAUCUUUAUCAAAGUGUUGGCUCAGAUUGAGGAUGCCGUUGCAGGUACCACACAGAAUGACAUUAAGAACAAAGGUGUGGCUAGAGCUUUCAAUACCACGAAGCAGAGGGUGAAAAAAGUUGCAAGGGAAAAUGAGACUUUGUUAGCCAAGUUCAGAGAAGACCCUGAAUCUUUUGAUAAGGAGGAAGACUUGGAAGCCAGCGUAGAUGCUGACGUGGUUCCAACUUUUGGUAAAAAGGGUAUUAAUUUAUCUACUUUGGCUACUGCCACAUCCGAAGCUGGUUUUUUCGCUGCCCUACGUAUUGUUCUGGACACCAGAGGUAAGAAAAAUGCUGAUCAAUAUGGUCUCAUCAGGACUAUGGAGGAACUUUUACAGAUCACGAAGACUCCUUAUGAGACAAUAAUGGCAUACUUGACUUUGAUCCCAAUUAGAUUUGAUGCCUCGGCCAAUCUUUCUUACCAACCGAUUGAACAAUGGAAGGCUUCUUACAAUGAUAUCAUGAAGCUAUUGGAGAUUUUGCAUGAACAACUCGAUAAUUUCCAAGUCUCUGAAUUGGCCAACCGUAACGAAACUAUUGAAGAGGAGCCGGAAGCUGAUGAAAAUGGUGUGAAGAAGAUCCUCGGUUCAGUCUUCUCCUUCGUUGAAAGACUUGACGAUGAAUUCAACAAAUCUCUACUGAACACUGAUCCUCAUUCUAGUGAUUACCUGGUCCGUUUGAGAGAUGAACAACUGAUCUAUAACUUGAUCUUGAGAACACAAAUUUACCUCGAAGCCACACUGCCUGAGGAGGAAAAGGAAAGACUACUAGCUCGUCCUUUGGUAAAAAGAUUGGACCACAUUUACUACAAAUCCAGUCCAUUGGUCAGCAUAAUCGAAACCAACGCCUGGGCAAGUUUACCAAACAAUUUCACCUCUAGUUAUAUUCCAUACAAUGGUACCGCAGAUGAAACCUACGUUACGAAUCUAAUUGGAACUUUGGCUGAGAGCUUGCGCAAGCACAAGAAUGGUGGGUUUCGCAAACGUGCUACUCUUUACCAAGUUUACUUCACUGCUUUGAACAACGAUUUCAAUACUGCCAAGGAUAUGUUGAUAAAUUCCAAGGUUCAAGCGUACAUCAACAAUUCCGAUCCAUCUCUACAGAUUCUAUUCAACAGAGUUGUUGUUCAACUUGGUCUAGCUGGUUUCAAGCUAUGUUUGAUUGAAGACUGCCAUCAAGUGCUAAACGAGUUGCUUGCAAGCUCGCAUUUACGUGAAAUCCUUGGUCAACAAACUUUGCAAAGAGUCUCCGCCAAUGUCGGAUCAUCUUCUAGCGCAGAUGAACGUGAACAGCUAUGUUUGCCUUACCAUCAACACAUUAACCUUGAUUUGAUUGAUCUUGUCUUUAUGACUUGUUCUCUAUUAAUUGAGGUUCCUCAAAUGACUGCUUUCUAUUCAGGCAUCAAGGUCAAGAGAAUACCUUACUCUCAGAAAUCGAUCCGUCGUGCACUGGAACACUACGAUAAAUCAACUUUCCAAGGUCCACCGGAAACUUUGAGGGACUUCGUUUUGCACGCUGCUAAAUCUAUGCAGAAGGGUGACUGGCAAAAGUGUAACUCUUACUUGCAGUGUAUUCCUACAUGGAAAUUGCUACCAAAUGCUAAGACUGUCCUAGAAAACUUGGCCGAAAGAGUUCAAGUCGAGUCGUUGAAGACCUUCUUCUUUACCUACAAGCGGUUUUACAGCAAGCUGUCAUUGGAAAAACUUUCCGAUUUGUUCAGUCUACCAAAGGAUAAAGUUUCAAGUAUUAUAGAGGAAGUCACUGCUGAAUUUGACAUCAACGCUACAAUGAACGAAGAAAAGACAAUUGUCACUGUCGAGGGUGACGAAAUCACGAAGUUGGAGGAAGUUGCCUUAAAGCUUAACAAGGAAGCAAAGAUUGCUAAAGAACGUUUGAACCCAUCUACUAAUCGUCGUUAA